AUGUUAGAUGACUUUCGUUUGGAAUGGCUUUGUCGUCGAACGUGCCAUAUGUUGAAUAUUGAAAGAUCGAUAUUCGUCGGUAUGUUAGAACGAAAUAAUGGUUUCAAUGAAGAUUUAAUUGAAAAAUUCCUUCAUUCGGAUGCGAUGAUACGUGAGAGAUUGUAUGCAUUGAUCUUUUAUCGUGAAGAUUCAAGAAGAGAAGUAUGGCAAAUGUUUGAAACUCUCGACGAUGAUGAUAUCGACGAGUUCGGCGUGAAAGACGAAGAUGAGAAUGAAGAACAAAUAGUUUUGACUAUCAAUGAACCUGUUGAUGCAGAAACUGAAUAUCCAAUGGAUUAUGUUUUCAACAAUGCUCGUUCGUCUACCCAUGAUACAAUCGAUCUACUGUAUGAAAAUCUAAGAAGUCUUCAGCGUCUUCUCGUGGUCAAUCAGUACGAUAAUAAACAUUACCAUUUCGUAUUAAAAUCGUACCAUGAAGUGCGUCUCUACUGUGAAUAUCAGCAUUACCAUAAUAUCGUCUCGAUGAAAAAGUCGUUUGUUUACUUCAUUCGAAUCGAUUCUCAACAAUCUCUACUUCAAUCAUCAACUUUCGAUGAAAUGAAUGCGAUUAUGAACGAGACGAUUAUCGAAGGAACCGUUUCCGAACAACAUUCACUUGAAUCUUUAGUAGAGAUAUUGUCUUUAGUUUAUAAUCAUUUACUUCCACCAGUAAUGGAUCAACCAUCAUCAGAUACUUCCGAGCGAGAUCAAUUACGUGUGAGUUUGAAUCGAUUUUGUUCACAGAUUCAAUCGACUGUACGUCAGAUGCAAGGCGAAUUCACAUUAACUAUCCCAACGAAGACUUUAUCGAUGUCUGGUGAAGAAACCGAGGAAGAAUAUAUUGAAAAUCUGGAAUAUCUGCUCUAUGAUUGGGAGGGCAUCUUACACGAAGAAUUGAACAAUGAAUUGAAUAGACGCGUAAUACAACCGACUCCUCUCGCAGAAAUCGAAUAUUGGCAUGAGAGAUCUGUUCGAAUCACUUCAAUUUUAGAACAGAUGAAACGAGACGAUGUCAUGAGAAUUAUACACAUGCUAACCGAUCUCGAUAGUCCUUCGGUUGCUGGAUUCAAUAAUAUCAAAAGUCAACUUCAGAAUUACCUAUUAGAAGCCAUGGAUAACUACAAAUUUCUUCUGACUAUUGAAAGGCAUUUGAAAACUUUACAAACUGCGAAAUCCUUUCAAACUGUUAGUAAUAUGUUACCAAAUUUAAUGCAAGGCUUAAAAACGAUUUGGACCAUGUCGAAACACUACAAUAAAGAUGAACGGUUCGUUCCAUUUAUGGAAAAGAUAGCUGAUGAGAUAAUCAAUCGUGUUCGACAGACAAUCGACUUAGCAACACUGUUCACAUCGAACUCAUUGACAGAAAUUGAACAUCUCUGUUCCCAAGCUAAACAGUUGUUACUACAAUGGAAAACAGAAUAUCAAAAUGUUCGAGUCAAACUCGAGAAUGAUAAACGUGGAUUUUCAAGUUGGAACUUUGAUCAUCGAAUACUUUUCGAUAAGACUGAUUAUAUGUCACAGAUCGUUGAUGAUAUAAUGCAAAUGUCAUUGAAUUUAAAGGAAUUUUAUGACACGUUUAGUUUUGAUAUGAAAGCGGUAACAGGCGAUGAACAAAUGGUUGAUCGUGUACUUCAGCAUGUGACCAGUCUGAAAAAAUCCUUUAUUUCAUGUCAGUUCGAUAUAUUCAAUCGUGAGAAUGCUCAACGGUGGCAUUUGUUUAUGGAUGAUUUUAAACAUCGCUCAUCAAUGAUUGAGCAAGAAGCGAAAGUUUUCAUACGUGUGUCAUUCAAUCAACUUCGUUCAGCUGAAACAGCAUUGGAUAUGUUAAUGAAAUUUCAACAAAUUGACACAAAUCAUGUUCUCGCACAUGAAAUGAUGCGACAAUUUACAGCUAUUCUUUCGAAAUAUUCCAAAGAAAUCGACACCAUCUUUGAUUUAUUCAACAAACAAAAAGACAAUCCUCCACUCGUCAAAGGAUAUCCGCCAGUUUCGGGUGCGAUACAGUGGGCUCGUUUUCUAUUCACUCGGAUAAAGCUACCAAUGAUGAAAUUACGUUCAUUGAAUCAAUUCCUUCAAUCUGAACAAGGUGCAAUAGUAAAACAACGUUUUAUUGAUGUUGGAACUCAGCUAAAAGAAUACGAAGAUGACUUAUAUGCAAAAUGGGUUGGAAAUUGCAUGAAAACACUACCAAACUAUCUUAAACAAAGUUUACUAAUCGAUGUUGAACAACGACCAGAACUCUUUCUUGACCAUCACAUUCAUCAUGUCCCAAGUCAUCGACUGUCACUCUAUGCUGCAAAAAAAGACAUUCCACGUGCUUCCUUAUCGAGCAAUAUCAAGCAGUCAUUAGGAAACAAGCUAAAAUCUCACAAAGAAAAGUGUCAUCGCCUUCAAUAUGUCAACGAUACAUUAGGCACGAAGAAGAAAAUUGAAAUAAAAUAUUUAAUAAAUUAUGAUGCUGACUUCAAAGAAUCUUUAAUCGAAUGUUACAAUUUGGAAAAACUUGGAUUUGUUUUACCAGAAUCGAUUCGUCAAACAACUUUACAAUACCCCAGAUUCGAACAAUUAUCAAAGGAACUUCGUUUAAUGCUUGAAGAUUAUCAUUUAACACUUGCAUCGCUUGAUACGAUUGAAGUUUCUCUUCUUCAGUCACAUCUUGAUCAACUUCAAACCUCAAUCAAACCAGGAACGUCAAGAAUAUCUUUCGGGGAGAUAGGAACCAUAGAUUAUAUCAAAGAAUGCCGAAAUCAUUUAGAACAAUUACAUUCCAUUCUUAAUCAAAUUCGAAAAAUUUCAUCGGACAUUCGCGAGCACUUGGACAGUUUUCGUUUGUGUAUAAUAGAUCCUGUUGUUCCACGGCAUGAGGACGGAAGUCUAUUGACUUGCCGAGAAUACUUCGGAUAUCUUGAAAGAAAACGAAAAGAGAUCAUUGCAAAUUUGAAGCGCCGCUUUGAAUUGAUCGGACCAAUACUAACCAAAAUCGAAUCAUUAGUCUUCGGCACCAAUACUGGCAAACAUAAGAACAUGCGCUCUUUUUAUAUUUACUGGGAACAUGAAAUUUUCACAUCUCUUGUGGAACUAGUCAUUCGUAACCUUUGUCAAUUUUUCGAAAAUAUAUUUGGUGCAUCGUCUCUAUUUACUGUCGAAGUUGUCCUUGCACCACCACGUAUAAAACUUCAACCAUCACUCGAAGAGAUCAUUAAUUCGAUCCGACGGAGUGCUUAUGGCAUCAGUGAACUACCUAAGUACUUCAUACGUUGGUUACAUGGUACUUGUAUAUCAUGCCCGUUAUUAUCCGUAUCAAACGAUGAGAUUGAAACACCGGAUUUUACUUUUUAUAACGAUGUUAGACAACAUGGUGAUGUUAUCUCAAUGUUGAAACCAAUUCGCGCUUAUGCUUCGGGAUUAGUCACUGCAAUCAAUCACAUACUAACUAAAUUAUUAACCUACAACGAUCUAUGGAAAAACGAUAAGCAAAAACUGAUCAGUCAAUUUAUCUCGAAAUCGCGUCAUUACUCCGACUAUGAUGAAAUGAUGAGUAUGUUUUCUAAAGUUGAUCGAGUCUUUGACCAUCAUCUUCACAAUCAAAAUCUCUAUUGCAUACAAUUAUCAUUGAAGCAAUUCUAUCAAGCAUUGAAAUAUCACUGCCAAGACUGGAUUCAUCAUUACGGUCAGCAUUUGUACACAAAAAUGUCGACUAAACUCAAAGAAACAAAUGAUGUAUUGAAUAAUCUUUCGCAAGGUCUUUGUCACGAUGCUGACACGGUCCCUGAUUUAAAAUAUGUUUUAAAUAUAAUUGAUAGAAUUCAUCAGCAGCAAGAGUCAAUUGAACAUACAAUCGAUGACAUUGAACAAUCUUAUCGAAUUUUACACGAACAUCAGUUUGAAUACCCUCAAUCGGAUUCUGUUCUCAUUCAAACGCUGAAACCUCGUUUAAAAGACAUAGUUCAACAAUCCCAUGUCGUCCAACAUCGUUUAAAAUCGAUUCGUGAGCGUUUUCGCGAAAUAAUUCACUAUGAUGUUGAAUUCUUUCAACAAAUGAUCGAUGACUUCGUCCAGCGAUUCGAUCAGUUCGGUCCAUACACAAUAGAAAAUGAUCUUCACCAAAGUUUCCAACUGGCUCAACAGUAUCAAACUGAACUCCAUAUAAUUGAACAACGAAAAAUCGAUUUGAUCAAUGUGAUGAAACUUUUUCAUAUAUCAUUGCUAAAUCAUCCACAAUUGACGCGUGUGCACCAAGAUAUCAAUAAUCUGCACAUUCUACUCAAUCUUUACAAUGAUUUCAAGCACAAUGAAAAACUUUGGGCUAAUAUCCUCUGGUCCGAACUGGAUAUCAAUCAACUGAUUGUUAAUGUUGAUUCAUUCGUCAAAACUUUUCGACGUUUACCAUCGGAAAUCAAAUCCACAAAUGUUGGCCGCGCGGUAGAAAGAUAUCUCAUAGAUUUCCGGUCAUCACUUCCUAUCAUGCUUGAUCUAAAACACGAAGCAUUACGUGAACGUCACUGGCAACAAAUUAUUCGCGAAACCAAUGUAGAAAUCGAUCUAAGUAGCAAUGUUCUUACCUUGGAUAAUAUCUUUCAAAUGAAUUUACAUCAAUAUCAAGAAAUCAUCCAAAAUAUUCUCCAAACUUCCAUCAAAGAAUUACAAAUUGAGAAGAAUCUCAAAGAUAUCGAACAACAAUGGAACAACAUGCGUUUUCAAAUCCAGAAACACACGCGUAAUACGUCGAAUAUCAGUGCAUACCAGGAUCGCGGUUUCUUGAUCUCGGGAGUGGAUGAAAUUCUUCAAGCACUGGAAGAUUCCAUAUUACUUCUCAACAGUAUAACAACGUCACGUUUCGUUGGAAUUUAUCUUUCACAAGUCGAGCAAUGGAUUCGUGUUCUCUCUCUGAUCUCCGAUGUGAUCAAAAUUUGGACUAUUGUUCAGCAAAAAUGGAUGUAUCUAGAAAAUAUAUUCAUCGGUUCGAGUUUACAGCAUGUCUCCUCGCUAAUGAUAGCGACUGAUCGCUAUGUAUUACUCUCGUAUGUUCUAGAGACUUCAAGAAAUUCAUUAGUGAAAGACGCAUGCACUCACCCCGGUCGAUACGACGAUCUUAAAUCAGUUUUAUCUUUAACUGAAAAGAUUCAGAAAAGUUUACAUGAAUAUCUCGGCACCAAACGACAGUCAUUUCCUCGAUUUUACUUCAUUUCUGACGAUGAACUUCUCUCCAUAAUCGGAUCAUCGAACUCGGAGGACAUUCAAGGAUAUUUGCAAAAAAUGUUUGAUAACAUUGCUGCAUUGAAUUUCAUUCAACAAGAGAACCAGUUAUCUCAAGAAGAAGAACAUCAACGAACGAUGAUUUAUGCGAUAGGAAUGGUCUCAAUGGAGAGAGAAGAAAUGAAAUUCGUCAAUCCAGUUGAAUGUUACGGAAAAGUUGAAGUGUGGAUGUCAAAUAUUGAGAAAGAAAUGAAAUAUUCGAAUCGUUCGAUAACAAAGGAUGCCAUUUUCUAUUACCGAUUUAAACAAAAUCGAUUAGAAUGGAUGAGAAACUAUAUUGGAAUGGUCGUGUUAGCCGUGAAUCAAUUGUGGAGUACGUGGGAAAUCGAAGAUCAAUUCAAUAAAAUGACAGAACAUAAUCAACGUUCUGCAAUGAAGUUCUAUGUGAAACAGUUAAACGUUCAAAUUGAAGAGAUUGUUUUUGAAAUGCAAAAAUCUCUAACAACAAACGAGUAUAAUAAAUAUGAAACGGUGCUUACUAUUGAUGUACACACUCGUGAUAUGGUUGAUAUUUUGAUUCGUGAUGGAAUUAAUGAACCUCAUGAUUUUGCAUGGCAAAGCCAAUUACGGUUUUAUUGGUUGCUAAAAGAAGAUAAUCUUUACUUGGAACAAUGCAACGGAAAAUUUCCUUAUGGUUAUGAAUACAUGGGUUUGAAUGGUCGCCUUGUUAUAACACCACUGACGGAUCGAAUCUACUUGACGAUUACUCAAGCUUUAUCGAUGUUUCUUGGAUGUGCACCAGCUGGACCAGCAGGAACGGGUAAAACAGAAUCUGUGAAGGAUUUGGCAAAAGCUAUGGGCCUUCUCUGCGUUGUGACCAAUUGUGGCGAAGGAAUGGAUUAUCAAGCAAUCGGCAAGAAUUUGAAUGGUUUAUGCCAGACGGGUGCUUGGGGUUGUUUCGAUGAAUUCAAUCGUAUUGAAGCAUCAGUGCUCAGUGUUAUAUCGACUCAAGUUAAAACCAUUCAACAAGCACUUGUCUUGCGACAGUCAGAGUUUCUUUUCGAGUAUCACUAUAUUCAUCUGCGUUCGACUGUGGGAAUAUUCGUUACCAUGAAUCCUGGUUAUGCUGGACGAACAGAAUUGCCCGAGUCAGUCAAAACUCUCUUUCGACCGGUUGUCGUCGUUGUACCUGAUAUGCAAUACAUCGGAGAAAUCAAGCUAUUCGCUAAUGGUUUUCUCAGUGCAAGAGUAUUGGCCAAGAAAAUGGUUACAUUGUAUCGUUAUGCAUCAGAAUUGAUUAGUAAACAAUAUCAUUAUGAUUGGAGUUUACGAAGUUUCAAAGCUGUUCUAUCAAUGGCUGGCUAUCUGAAACGUACAACCAUGAGAAAUGAUCGCGAGGAAAUUGUUCUUUUGAGAGCUUUACAAAAUAUGAACGUACCAAAGUUUAUUUCUGAUGAUGUCACUCUAUUUCACGCUUUGCUGAACGAUCUAUUUCCUGAUAUUCAUUGUCCACAGAUAUGCUAUGAAGAUUUCAAUCGAAUUAUUGAAGCUACACUAACCGAUCAAAGUUACAGUCUAAUCCCGGAACAAAUCGAGAAGAUUAUUCAGCUGUACAAAACAAUGAUGACACGACAUUCGACGAUGUUAGUGGGACCAACGAGCGGAGGAAAAACAGUCAUACUGAAUAUAUUAGCGAAAGCACAAACUCAGAUGGGAAUAAAAACAAGUCUAUACACGCUUAACCCGAAAGCAGUUAACGUGAUUGAAUUGUACGGAAUACUCGAUCCAUUAACACGCGAAUGGUCCGACGGUAUUGUUUCACUACUCUUCCGAAUGAUCAAUCAGUCAACAACACGAAAUGAAAGACGCUGUAUCGUAUUUGAUGGUGAUGUGGAUGCACUCUGGAUUGAAAAUAUGAAUUCUGUCAUGGAUGAUAAUAAACUUUUGACAUUGGCCAAUGGUGAACGUAUUCGUUUGCAGGAUCAUUGUUCUCUGCUGUUUGAAGUUGGUGAUUUAAAAUAUGCAUCGCCAGCUACUGUUUCUCGUUGUGGAAUGAUUUACGUCGAUCCGGACAAUCUAGGACCUGGGCCAGUAUGGAAACGGUGGUUGAAUAGGAAUUUUAUAGAUCGGUCAAAUGAUAAGCAUCAAUUAGAAUUACUCUAUGAUCGAUACGUCCAAAAUCUGAUCAAUCUGAUUUAUCAAGGUAUAACCGAUACGGAACGAAGACCAAGAAUGAAAAUGAUUGUUCCGCUAACUUCAGUAAAUAUUAUUGUGCAAUUAACAAAGCUACUUGACUUCUUGUUUCUAUCACUGAUGAACAAUGACAAAAAAAAUCAGAUACAGCUAACAGCAGAUGUCAUUCAUGCGAUUUUUCUUCAAGCUAUGGCCUGGUCGUUCGGUGCUUGCUUGAAACAAGAGGAUCGAAUCACUGUCGAUGGUUUUAUCAAAUACCUAUCCGGCCUUCCAACUGCAACCGUUGGUGCGAAAGCAAAAUCAAAUCAGAUACCACAUGAGAAACCGCUGCUCUUUGAUCAUGUAUUCCACAUGGAAUUGAAUCAGUGGCAAAUCUGGGAUGAUCUCAUUCCAAAAUAUGAGCAUGACCGAUCGCAGCGAUUCACAGAAUUGUUUGUUCCCACUGUAGAUACAGUUCGUUUAGAAUGGUUACUUCAGUCGACGAUCUGCAUUCAUCAACCUGUACUAUUCGUCGGUGAUACUGGUUCUAGUAAAACCGCGACUAUUCUGUCGUAUAUACGUCGUUUCGUUAGCCAAUAUGUCAAUUUGAAAUUGAAUUUUUCCUUUCGAACGAAGUCAACUGACGUACAGCGCUCGAUCGAAAGUCAUUUAGAAAAGCGUUCGAAAGAUACGUAUGGACCAUCAGCCGGAACGAAACUAAUCGUCUUCCUUGACGAUGUUUCAAUGCCAAAAAUUGAUCAGUAUGGCACUCAACAAGCCAUCGCUUUCUUGAAGCUACUCAUCGAAAAACAGGGGAUGUACGAACGAAGUAACGAGUUGAAUUGGAAAUUUACCACCGAUAUCGAGUGGAUUGCAGCGAUGGGCACUCCGGGUGGAAGUAGUAAUCACAUCGACCCUCGUUUUCUUAGUCACUUUAGCGUUUUCUAUAUUCCAUCACCAUCACAUGAAUCUCUCUUUCGUAUAUUUUCUACAAUCUUACAGAAUCAUGUUGUGACGUUCUGUUCGGAUAUCCAAGACAUGAUCUCAAGUAUGGUCAACGCUACAUUGGAAAUUUACAAUCAUGUUCUGCGACUAUUUGUUCCAACACCAUUGAAAUCGCAUUAUAUCUUUUCUUUACGGGAUCUCAGUCGUAUUGUUCAAAGUCUUCUUCAGACUAGCCCCGAGAGAUUUAAUACGAAAGAACGAUUUGUUCGUGUUUGGAUCCACGAAUGCAUUCGAGUCUUUUCCGAUCGUUUCAAUGAUGUUAAGGAUCAUGAAUUAUUUAUGAAAAUCCUAGAAGAUAAUUGCUUGAUCAAAGAUCAAAAGAACUACCUAUUCCGUAGUCCUAUUCUUUAUGCUGACUAUCGAACAGCUUUGCACGAUGGUGAACCGAAGAUCUAUGAAGACGUUCAAGAUUAUCCAGCCAUACGCGCAAUAUUUGAUGAGAUUGUCGUCGAAUUUAAAGACCAGUACGGUAAUAUUGAUAUCGUUCUAUUCGAUGAUGCAUUAGUGCACAUCACACGUAUCUACCGAGUGCUCCGGUUAGAUCGCGGGCAUUUGUUAUUGAUUGGCACGGGUGGUUCGGGAAAGAAACUAUUGGCCAAAAUUGCCGCUUUCGUAGCCAAAUAUGUGGUCUUUGAAAUUCAACUAACAAGAAACUAUAAUGAAUCGAGCUUCCGAGAAGAUAUGAAAGUAUUGUUUAAUCAAGUUGGAUUGAAAAAUAUACCGACCGUGUUUCUUCUAACGGAUGCUCAAAUUAUCGACGAAAGCUUUUUGGAGUAUAUCAAUAACAUUCUUGCUAACGGAAUGAUACCUACUCUGUUCAGCGACGAAGAAAGAGAUAGCAUUAUUAGUGAAAUUCGGGAAGAGGCACUGAGAACUGUUGAAAUGCCAUCGAAUGAAAAUAUUUGGGAUUAUUUUGUUCACAAAUGCACCUGGUACUUACAUGUUGUUCUAUGUAUGAAUCCAAGUGGAGAUCUUCUGCGUAAUCGAAUUCGAAACUUUCCGGCAUUGAUUAAUAAUACGACUAUCGAUUACUUUGCUCGUUGGCCUUCGCAGGCUUUAUUUGGUGUGGCUGAACACUUUAUCUCUCGAUUUAAAGCGAUUUCUGAUGAAUUGAAAACGCAGAUUAUUGAACAUAUGGCCAUGGUACAUGAAUCAGCUAAUUUCUAUUGUGAUUUGUAUGUCGAAAAGAUGCAUCGAAGUGCUUAUGCCACUCCGAAGAACUAUUUCGACUUUAUCCAAACAUUUCUUCAACUCUAUCGACAAAAAUUUGAGGAUUUGAUGAAACAGACAGAGCGGUUAAAUAUCGGCAUUGUCCGUAUUGACGAAGCGAGCGUGCUCAUUGAAGAAAUGGACAAAAAACUAGAAAAACAGCGUAAAGAACUCGCUAUAAAAACGAAAAAAUGCGAUGAUCUACUCGAAGAAAUUACUACUCUUACCUCUAAGCAAACUGAACGAAAAAGUCGAGCUUUAGAGAAGAAGCAGGUAGUCGAUGAACAAAUGAUCAUCAUUGCAAAAGAAAAGCAUGAAGCCGAAGAACAGUUAGAAGAAACAAUGCCGGCAUUACUCGAAGCUCAACAAGGUCUCGAUACACUCAAAGCAGCAGACAUAACUGAAAUGCGUAGUUUUGUGAAUCCAGUGGAUGCAUUGCGAUUGAUCGGGUACUGCAUGUUGAUCUACUUAGGUCACUCAUCGAUCAGUUGGAAAGACGUUCGAGCGGUGAUGGCUGAUAUGAAGUUCAUCACCAAUUUAAAAACCCGCGAUCCUGAUUCAUUCACCUCGAAACAAGCAACUCAAUUGAAAAUUCAUCUGAAAAAAUUGGAAGAAAAGCUCGAUUCUAAUCAUCUCUAUUCUUCAUUGGAAAAAUCCGAUCGCGAAAUGAAAUUGUUAACUCUAAUGACAAAUGUGAGUCGUGUCGGCGGUGGUCUCUUGAAGUUUAUUCAUGCUGUUGACAACUACAUGGAUAAAUAUCGCGAGACCAAACCGAAAAAAGAUCGUCUACUAUCAAUCGAAAGCGAUUAUGAAACGAAUCUCUUGGAGCUGAACCGUUUAGAAUCGAGUAUCGAGAAAUAUACAACUCUGUUAAACGAUUCUCGUAAACGAUUCGAUGCGGCUAUGGAAGACAAAAUCAAAUUUCAAGAAGAGACUGACAUUGCUACCCGUCGACGUACUGCUGCCGAUAAGUUGUUGACUGGCUUUAAAAGUGAAAUAUCACGAUGGACGAAUGAAUUACAACAGAUAAAAGAAUACGAAUACGAAUUGAUUGGAAACUGCUUACUAUCAAGCGCAUUUCUUGCCUAUUGCAGUCCAUUUACAUAUGAGAUUCGUCAAGAGUUGAUCUAUAAUCAAUGGGAAACAAGUUUAAUUGAAAAGAAGAUUCUUUUUAGUGAAAAAUUUCAAGUGCAGAAUUUUCUUUCGACCAAUGUUCAAAUUUCUGAAUGGACUUCUCAAGGAUUACCUGCUGAUGAGUUCUCUAUACAGAAUGGAAUUUUGACUUUACAAACCAAUCGAUUUCCUUACUGCAUAGAUCCUCAAUUACAAGGUCUGUCAUGGAUUAAACAACGAGAAAAGAAAGCGAAUUUGAAAAUUUUAUCAAUGAAAGACCGAGAUUUUCUCAAACAUUUAGAAUUAGCGGUAAAAUAUGGAUACCCAGUACUUUUCAAAGACGUUGAUGAGUACAUAGAUCCGAUUAUCUUGGAUAUUCUGUCGAAAAAUGUUCAAGGCGAUUCCAAUCGUCAAUCCGUUAAAUUAGGUGACAAGCUAAUUGAUAUUGAUCGAAAUUUUCGCAUGUAUUUAACUUGUCGUUUAUCGAAUCCUCACUUGACAACACUUCACUUCUCCUAUUCGAAAGUUAUAAAUUAUACAGUGACAUUGAAAGGUUUAGAAGAACAGUUAUUAUCUUCUCUGGUGAAAAUAGAACGACGAGAAUUGGAAGAAAUGCGUGACGCAUUAAUUCAAGAAAUUUUUGAAAACAAACAACAGCAAAAGACUCUCGAAGACUCACUCUUGAGAGAAUUAACAACAACAACAGGAAACAUUUUGGACAACAUAGAAUUAGUCGAAACAUUGGAAAAUACAAAGAUAAAAGUCAAAGAAGUUAUUCAAGCAUUGAGUCUAGGCGAACGAACUCGAUUCGAUAUUGAAAAUUUACGCGAUACGUACAGAUCAGCUGCCCGACGUGGUGCCGUACUUUACUUCUCCUUAAUCCAAAUGUCAACGAUAAAUCCUAUGUAUCAAUAUUCUCUCAAUUCUUUUCUGUCAGUUUUCGAAUACAGUGUCAAAACUUCACAAGCGAAUGUAAAAUUGGAUAAACGUUUGCAAUCGAUCAUCAAUACAUUAACUUAUCAGAUCUACUGUUACGGUACAAUGGGAACGUUUGAAAAACAUAAACUACUCUAUUCGUUUCUGUUGACCACGCAAAUCGAAUUCGACCAACAACGAUUAACUUCCCAUCAAAUCGAUUUUUUCCUUAAAGGAAACGUGUCAUUAGAUAAAUCGUCAACUCCCACACUAGACUGGCUAACUUUUGAUGCAUAUCAUCACUGCUUAUACCUAUCGAAACAUUUCCCGGACAAGUUUCAUGACUUACUGAAUCACAUUCAAGAAAAGUCUGACGAAUGGAAACAGUGGUACGAACAUGAUCGACCGGAAACAUUUUCCUUUCCAAAACCAUUCGAUGACAAUUUAACAGAUUUCGAAAAGUUAAUGUUGCUGCGAUGUUUCGUUCCAAAUCGAAUUAUCUUCGCGAUUAAUAACUACAUUACGAAAAUCAUGGGACAGAAAUAUAUUAUUCCACCGACGAUUUAUUUUGACGCGAUUUUCGAUCAGUCAACUGCACAAAUACCGAUAAUAUUCGUCCUCUCACCAGGGUCAGAUCCCACGAAUGAUAUACAAAAAUUAUCCGAACGAAAAACUCAACUACGAAAGAUUACCAUUGAACAUGGAAAUAAUAGCAACAGCAUGGAAGAACAGAGAUCAUUAAGAAUAUUAGCCAUGGGACAGGGGCAGGAGAAAUUGGCAUUACAAGCUUUACAUACCGCGCAAUAUCAAGGAACUUGGCUCUUAUUGCAAAAUUGUCAUUUACUUUUGUCGUUUUUGAAUGAAUUAGAGAAAGAAUUAGAGAUUGCCACAAAGCCACAUCCUGAUUUUCGUCUGUGGAUGACUACUGAACCCAUUGAACGAUUUCCCAUUGGCCUUCUUCAAAAAUCUUACAAGGUAGUCAUUGAACCGCCUUCGACUUUGAAACUGAAUCUUCGUUCUACAUUUGCGAAUCUAAAUUUACAAACGUUUUCUGAAUCCGAUCAUCCAGCAUAUCCACCUCUGAUAUUCGUUCUCGCUUUCUUCCAUGCUGUCAUACUUGAUCGCAGGAAAUACGAGAAAAUUGGCUGGUCAUGUACUUACGACUUCAACGAAUCUGACUUUCGUGUGUCCGUAGAUAUUCUCAAGGCUUAUCUUAACAUGAGCUUAGAACAUGGCCAUUUGGAUAUUCCAUGGCCAACACUACGGUAUUUGAUUGGCGAAGUGAUGUAUGGCGGUCGUGUAAUUGAUUCGUAUGAUCGCCGUAUUAUUCAUACUUAUAUGAAGGAAUUUUUUGGUGAUUUCGUUUUCGAUCAUAUCCAACCAUUUCAUUUCUUUCGUGAUACGAGUUCUUCAGAGAGAUAUGAUUAUUUCGUUCCUGAAAUACGAGAUUUUCUCUCGGCAAAACAACGAUGGUUAUUAAAGGAAGCGAAUCUGUCCGUUGAGCCACAAAUCGAAUAUAAUUUUGAAAAGUUCCUUCCAGCAAAAAUAUCGAAUCUCCUCCAUCAUAGUCAACAUCAAUUCGAACAUACGCAAAUCGACUAUAAAUCAUUCUCAAAAAAUGUUCUUUUCAAUCAGUUCUUCCACUAUUCAGUCUUUCGUGAUUUCUACCAAACAUACGUCGAUCAGUUGCCGCUCUACAAUCCACCCGAUGUACUUGGAUUGCAUGGCAAUGCCGAAAUCAAUUAUCUUACUAAAGUAGCCAAUGAAAUCUAUGCUAACAUGAUACUUAUCCAGCCCGAGCAAAGUGAAAUCCAAAUUAGUUCAAGUCGCGAACAGUUUGUUCGAUCCUUGAUCGAUGAUAUCCUUCAACAAAUCCCUCCGAAGAAAGAUCUUCACUUUCUCAAACAAAGAUUUCAACAACGCUUAACACCACUAACAACCGUUCUCUUUCAAGAAAUUCAACGAUACAAUUAUCUCACGUCGAUCAUGUGGAAAUCGAUCAAUGAGCUAAAACAAGCGUUAAAUGGUCAAAUUAGUUUUUCAAUUCAACUCGAUGAAAUCAACAAACAUCUCUAUCAUGGGCAAAUACCACUUUCAUGGAGAUCAUAUACACCACAAACGAAAAAAUCACUAGCGAAUUGGAUGGAACUCUUUCGACAGCGAAAUUUACAAUACGAAAAAUGGAUCUAUGAUGGUGAAUUAAAAAUCGUCAAUUUAAGUCGAUUACAUGUACCGGAAUCGUAUUUAGCUGCGAUUGUUCAGAUUGCUGCACGAAAGAAUCAAUGGCCAUUGGAUCGAGCAAGGUUCGACAUCAAUGUAACCAAUUGGCAAACGAUCGAUGAUAUCGAUGAAUCAACACAAGGCAUGUGCUUACUCGAAGGUUUAUAUCUAGAAGGUGCACGAUGGGAUCGAGAGAACUAUUGUUUAAUUGAUCAAUUAAACAAGCAACUAAUUCAAGUGAUGCCUUUGAUAAAAAUCAUACCCAGUGAAACGCAUCGCGUGAAUCUAAAUAAUUCUCUUGCUGCACCAGUUUAUGUCACAAGUGACCGCCGGAAUGCUAUGGGAAUUGGAUUGGUCUUCGAAGUGAAUCUACCAACGAAGAAAGAUCCUUCACAUUGGAUAUUAAACGGUGUAUGUUUACUAUUAAAUACAGACUGA